AUGUUCUCCUCAGCAAAGCAAAUUUUCAAAAGCUGGUCGCCGCAGUAUGAUCAGCUAUCACAGGAAGAAAAACUGCUCCACAGUCCAGAUCCAGGGCCGAACUCUGAGGGUUGGUCGCGGUACAAAGCCAGAGCACUGAAGCUGCACGCCUCGUUUCUGGCCAUAUACGCAUUGCUUGCAGUCGCGGUGAUCACUUAUCUUCGGAGACCGUCCUUUUGCACUCCUUCUCUCAUCCACUCCCCGGCCCUGGAAGUCCUCCAACAUGAGCGACACGAAUACAGCUCCGAGGCGAAGAGCUACUACAUCCAACCCCCGAGUCCGGAGAUUGACCAGCGAUGGAAAGACCUCCUGCUAGGCAAUUUCGUACGACUAUCCCGGGAGGAUUUGCGCAAGAUUAACCGUGAGGAAGAUGCGGUGAUUCUCGAGGAUGACGGCUCGGGCGUUGGUCUCAUGAACGUCCAUCACGAAAUUCAUUGCGUGCCACCCGGAAUACUACUGGCCCAACGCAACAGCCGAGCAGCAGAAAUCGAAUCGCCAUCAUGUUGCGCUGACAGCUACUCAACAGACCACUGCCUCGACUACCUGCUCCAAGCAGCCAUGUGCCACGGCGACGUCGGCUUCAUGACCUACCACUGGGACAUGAAGCGGCCGCAACCGGUGUGGAAAGCGGCCGAGCACACGUGCGUCAAGUGGGAUGUCUUGCGCGACUGGAUGCGUGCGCGCAAGGCGCCGAUCCACGAGCCCGGGUUUAUCAAGCAUCCCAUCUACGGUCCUGCGUAUCCGGAUGGGGUGCCGAAUGUGCCUACGAUUAAUGAUCUGCUACCGAUGGAUUCGAAUAGCGGUCCUUGA